CACGCAUACUCCUCUUCCAGUAUUCUUGGUGGUAACAAUGCGCUGUUUAACUUCAAGGCUUCUUGCCGCCAGUCUGCUGAUCCUUAGUACUGCCACGGCGGCCCCUGGUCGUUCCAAUUUCGUGACGGUCGAGGGAGGGAUCUUCAAGCUCUCGGGCAAGGACUUUCACUUUGCUGGGAGCAACGCUUACUACUUUCCCUUCAAUGGCGACCAGCAAGAUAUUGAAAAGGGGCUAACAGCCGCCAAGCGAGCCGGGCUCUCUGUCUUCCGCACCUGGGGGUUUAACGAGAAGAACAGCACAUACAACCCCGAUGGUUUGCCCCAGUAUGGCGGAGAAGGCGCUGGUCCUACCGAAGUCGUGUUUCAGAGGUGGUACCCUAACGGCACUUCCAUCAUUGACAUCAGCGGCUUCGACAAAGUGGUCAAGGCUGCAGAAAAGACUGGAAUCAAGCUCCUUGUCGCUCUGACCAACAACUGGGCCGAUUAUGGCGGCAUGGACGUCUAUACUGUCAAUCUGGGCGGCAGAUACCACGACGAUUUCUAUACCGUCCCCAGAAUCAAGGAAGCCUUCAAGCGCUAUGUAAAGGCGGUCGUGACUCGGUACAAAGAUUCGCCGACCAUCUUUGCUUGGGAACUCGCCAACGAGCCCCGCUGUGGCGCCGAUGGGGUCCGCAAUCUUCCGCGGAGCGAUAACUGCACGCCCCAGGUUCUCUCGUCUUGGAUCUCGGAGAUGAGCGCGUACAUCAAGAGCCUCGACCGCAACCAUUUGGUUACCUGGGGAGGCGAGGGAGGCUUCAACCGCGAGUCCGACGACUGGGCGUACAAUGGUGCCGACGGCGGCGACUUUGACCAUGAGCUCUCGCUCAAGACCAUCGACUUUGGCGUCUUCCACUCUUAUCCUGACUGGUGGGAUAAGACUGUCGAGUGGACGCACCAGUGGAUCCGUGAUCAUGCUGCCGCCGGUCGGAAGGCUCGCAAGCCCGUCGUGCACGAAGAGUACGGCUGGCUGACGCCGGACAAGAGGCUGGAGUACACCGGCAAGGUCGACAACAGGACGAGGGUCGAGGUACUCGGUGGUUGGCAAAAGACGACUGUCAGGGAGGAGCUGGCCGGGAGCAUGUACUGGCAGUACGGAUACUCGAAUUAUUCCUAUGGUCGGAACCACGACGAUGGUUUUACCAUCUACUUGGACGACGAGGAAGCCAAGACGCUUGUGUACGGGCAUGCGAAGGAAAUGAAUGCCCUUAACCAUCACCGUGGUCGGAAGUAGAUGUGGCUUUAUAGGGUGUAAAUUAGAGCAGGCUGGUUGGUGGAGGCCUAUCGUUACAAUGCACAGAACCUUCGUAGUCAAGACC